AUGAAGCUGCUUAAGAAGCAGAUCAACGAGAAGGAUGGCGCCGGAUUGGUCGUUUUGCGUGCCGAGGAGCCAGAGGAUAUGUGGCAUAUCUACAACUUGAUCCACGUGAUGGACUUGGUCAAGACUACGACGAUCCGUAAAGUGGUAAAGGAAGGUGUGACAGGCUCUACCAGUAGCCAACGUGUGCGCAUGACGCUAAAAAUUGAAGUAGAGCAAUUGAACUUUGAUCCGGUACUAUGUGUACUACGUAUCACGGGCAAGAAUAUCAUGGAGAGUCAAUACGUUCGGUUGGGAGCUUAUCACACGUUGGAUCUCGAGAUGAAUCGCGACUUUACGCUGACGAAAAACUGCUGGGAUGUCAUGUCACUAGAACGUAUCGACAUGGCAUGCAAUAUUGCCAAGCAAGCUGAGCUUGCAGCUGUGGUCAUGCAGGUCGGUCUUGCUCAUUUGUGCUUGAUAAAAGGUGAUAUGGCUGUCAUUCGCGCUAAGGUCGAGACAAGUGUACCCAAAAAACGUCCGGGCAAUUCGGCUCACGCUAAGGGUACUAUGAAGUUUUACGAGAAUAUUGUGCGUUCCAUUCGACAGCACAUUGACUUCAAGCUCGUAAAGUGCGUGCUGCUUGCUAGUCCGGGUUUCGUCAAAGACGACUUUUUCAAGUUCAUGAUGGAGCAGGCUGUCCGUCAGGACGAUAAGCUCAUCCUCGAAAACAAGUUUAAGUUUGUAUUGUGCCAUUCCUCGUCUGGCCACAAGCACGCACUUGACGAGGUUCUCAGUAACCCCGCCAUUCAGUCGCAGGUGGCGAAUACAAAAGCUGUGGAAGACGUAAAAUGCCUGGACCGCUUUUUCAACAUGAUGCACACCGACCAAGACCGCGCCUACUACGGAUACAAGCACAUUAUGCGUGCCAAUGCGAACAUGGCCAUCGAGACGCUUUUGAUUACAGACUCUCUUUUCCGGUCGCAGGACAUUGCAACGCGGCGCAAAUACGUCGAUCUUGUGGAAAACGUACGGGAUAACGGCGGCACAGUGCGGCUAUUCAGUAGUUUGCACGUGUCGGGUGAGAGGCUAGGCCAAGUGAGUGGUAUUGCUGCUAUUUUGCGUUUCCCCAUGCCAGAAAUCGAUGAAGAGGACCAAGACAACGCUUCUGAUUCUGAUUCCAAUGAGGACGACGAUGAGAAAGACGACAGCGGGAUCGGUGACCUGUCAGUUGAAGCUUUGAGGAUGUAG